AUGGCGGAAGGAGGAGUGAGGGGAGCACUGAAGGUUGAGAUGGCUACAACAGGACUGUAUAAAAUGGGUGGUGAAAGCAAGUAUGCAGCCAAUGGCUUCCCUGCCAGGAGUGCUUGGCACGCAAGGUCUGGGCCCUGGGUGCUGGCACGCAGAGCUACCCCAAGGUCUUGGGUUGAGAAGGGGACCCCCUGGAAGACACCACAGCAGAGGAGGAAGCCUCCAGAGUCUGCUACCAUGGAAGAAAGUAACCAAGACAAUGUCCUAGAUGAGCAAUUUCUGAUGAAACAGCACCGUUUGAAGAACCCCUCUGACCUGUGCUCUGUGAACAUAAGCAGCCAAUAUCUGGUCUCCGCUAAAGAAGAUGAUUUUGAGAAAUUUUAUUGCGUUGCUUUUAUAAAUGCUGCUGAGAACCUGCUGAGGCUAGAGCCCUUCCGGAAGUUUCCAGGACUGCGGACAUUGGAACUUUCCUUGAAUAGACUGAGAGACCUGAAAAUCACUGCUGGAGACUUCCUGCAUUUGGAGGAUCUGGACCUCUCCUACAACAACUUAUCCCCCCAGGACGUUUGGACGCUGGGAGAUUUGUCCAAGCUCAAAGUCCUUCGGUUGACGGCCAACGGGCUCCGGUCUCUGCCCCUGGAGCUGGCGGGCUCCUGGGACUCUGCUCAUUUAAGGUUUCCAUCUCUGGAGGUCUUGUCCCUGGAUGACAAUCGUCUGUCAGACCCGAGUGUCUUUGUGAGCCUGUCUCGCCUCUGCAGGCUGAGGGAGCUGGAUCUGGACAGGAACGGGAUUUCAGCUGUCCCCACCCUGCACCAAGCAGAGGACAGCUUCGGGGUGGAGUGGUGCAAGCCCCCGAGCAGGCUCUGGCAGCAGCCCGGGCCACCGCUGCGGGAGGACACGGAGGCACCAGUGGAGCUGGAAGCGGCGAGGGGACAGCUUGGGGAUGGGGUGCUGCAGGACCACAUGGAUCCGCAGAGGAUGGGGGACAUUUCUGCCUCUCAGAAGCACCCAGCACUGUUUGUUCCCAGGGAGGGAGAAGCACCUGCCUCCAGGGCUCCACCAGCUCUCUCCGUGCCUAAGGAUGCUCCUGCUCCCUUUCCUGAACUGAAACGUCUCAGCCUGGCCUUCAACAAG